UUGGCGUUUGUUUCUCUUCUUGUCUAUGGUUUGUUUACAUGUUUGAAUUUUUGUAACGUCGCGAUUAUAAAAACUGUGUUUAAUUUUAAAAUAAUUGAUGUUAAUAUACGAUAUCAGUUAAUAAUGGAUACAUCUAACAUAAUGAAUGAAAUAGAACCACAUGAAUCUUUUCGCUCUCCGCCUCGUCGACGAAGAUCUACAUUUUUUGUUGGUCGUGAAUCUUUAGCGCCCCAGCCACCAGAGUAUCACGACGAUAGUGAAUGUGAUACAGAAACCGAAAAACACAAACAAAACUUGUCAAAAUAUUCAGCAGACCUUUUAUUAGAGAAAGAAAGGUGGAAAAAAGAAGUAAACGAAAGGAGAAACAAAUAUCACGAUCUAAGACAGCAGUACCAGCUAGCAACAAAGGCGCCGAGUCGAUCAAGAAUCACAUCCUCUUACUCCUCACUAACAAAUGAGGAUAUAGAGUUUCUGAAAGGCAAACCAAACUUGUCUACAUUUGUGCAGAGUCAGCAGAAGUUGCACCAGUCCGUGAAACAAACCAUGGCGUUGUACAGACGGCUUAACAAACUCGACAAUGACAUGUUGGCAUACAGUGAGAGUAAAGUGAAUAAGGUGACAGAGUACAUAUUCGAAAACAGUACUGUUGAACCAAUGGAAUAAUAUAGAUUAAUAAUUAAUGGAAAAUCUUCAAGUCUGACUGUUCCAUGGCAUCUCUUAUUAUACUCUCAUGAGAUGGAAUAGUUAAUUGCCAUAAAAUAUGACAUCUUUGAUAUGUGAAUCUAUUUUAGCAGAUGUGUAUAAAAUACAGCUUACACUAUACUGUGGUGUAGUAUGAUGGACAUGCCAGUAAGAUUAUGAUUAUGAUACAAUGUUUGAUACAAGUAUACAUAUUUUGUAGACAAUGUAAUGUCCACAUGGAAAUACUAUUCUGUAUUAAUUUAGUUUAAGUGUUUUUCUA